AUGGAAUUGUCGGAUGUUCUUCGAGAAAGCUGGGAGGUUGCUAAUGAGUGAGUUUUAGGGCAAAAUUUGGUGGGGAAUUUUUUGGGAAAUCGAAAUUUCCUGGAGGGUUUUCUCAUAAAAAAUUUAAGAUUUUUCAAUUCUAUUCAUUUUCUUGGACAAAUUUAAAUUCCAGCCACACGCAUUUGUAAACAGAUAGGAAACCCUUCUGUCUGUUUUGGGUACUUUUUGACAAGAACCUGUGUGCUUUAUGAAAACCUGCGGGUUUCUUGCAAGGUUCUCGCAGGUUUUCAGCGUCGCCAUCGACUUUAGAGGUUUUUCAAGCAAAUGAGUUGAAAUAUAUUGGGUUCUAAUGUUAUUCAUAUGUUAGAAUGGUCUAAGACGAACAGAAUGAUAUGAAUUUUGAUGGGUUUACGUUAUUCAUAAGUGAUUCAGCGAGGUUUAGUUGAUCGACUCGGCUUAUCGACUAAAUAUCGACUAAACGUCGCUAUAUCACUUCACUUAUGGAUAACGUAAAGUCAUCAAAAUUUAUAUCAUUUUGUUCGUCUUAGACCAUUCUAACAUAUGAAUAACAUUAGAACCCAAUAUUUCAACUCACUUGCUUUAAAAACCAGGAAAAUGUCUUUUAGUCGAUGUCCAACUAUAGUGUGAGCUUUUCGAGUCUUAUUUUUUGCUGGGAAACUCGGAUAACUUCCCAAAUGUUUUUUAAUUCAAUUAAAAAAAAAUUUACCUCAAAAUCCAACGAUAACAACCUCUCAUUCUUCAGCGAAAUAUCUCCAAACAGCUUCCCACGAGAGCUAGAAAUCGCCGAAAAGCCCGACUCCACAACUAAUCAAGAAGCCGCUCAACCUUCGGAUUUGAAUGCUGAAAAAAACGCUCAAGAUAAAUUAGAUGAUGAUCUUCAUGUGAUGGUUGAAGAUGAUGGAAAACGAGUUUAUAUGGUUUCAUAUAACCCGCCACCGCCUCUCGCACCAAUGGAAGAAUUUCCAGCUAUUCAAGAGCUUGACAAAUUUCAAGAAAAGAAACAAAAAGGUAUUUUGAAUGAAAAUUACGGUUCGAAAGGAACACACAUUAAUUUUUCUCAAUGGUCUCGCAGCGCACAUUGUGUGCAAACUUUUUUUUUCAAAAAAACACACAUUUCAAAAAACAUUUCCAGCCGCUCCAACAACUUCUGGAAUUCCAGCGAAUGCGGGAUUUUCUGCAGACGUUCCUCCUGCUGCUUGUCGAGGUCCACUUUGGCAACCGAAAUAUACACCAAGGAAAUAUAAGAAAAAACCGAAGAAUGAUGGAAAACCGCAAUUCAAUACAAUGAUUCAUCCGAUUCACACGCAUCCAUUUGCUGAAUAUAUCAAAUUGGCUGCUCAUGUUACGACGGCGGUAAGGAGUUUUGCGAAUUUGAGGGCUCCCGGGUUGAAAUUCUGACAAAUAUAGUGAAAUAUACCAAAUCGACCAGGCUGAUCACGAUUCCGAUGUUGAAAAUUGCUAGAAACACUCGUGGGCAGGUGUUUUUGGCAAUUUUUGUCCUGGGGAUCGUGAUCAGCACUAUUUUUAUCGAAAGUUCAUUCCGGGAUCCUAAAGGUUCUUUUUUUCCCUAAAAUUUCUGACAAAUUCAAAAAUAAUUUAUUUUCAGGCACCCAACUAUUUUCCUGCAAUCGAUCAUGCAUUGUAAGUUCCAGAAAAUCUUCCUCCAAUUUCCCCUCAAAACCCCAUUUAUUUUUGCAGGAAAGCUUCUGGAGACUAUGGAGGUAAUAUUUGGAUGUCUGCCUACUUACAUAUUAUUUCAAAAUCAAUAUACUUUAAUUUUUCACACGCCCAACUACCAGGCACAAAACAGACACACAAAGAAAGAAAAAGAAGAAAAAUAUAUAUACAUUUUCUCCCGUUUUUUCAGCAUCCUCUUCUUCUGCUCAACACAACGAAUCGCAUUUUCCUGUAAAUUUUCUAGAAGGCCAUCAGAAUUAUGUGAGUUUUCGAGGGAUUUUUUUUCAAAUAUUUAUUCUCCUGGCCUGGCUCUCCUCCAAAAAAGCCACCAGCACGAAAAAAAAAGAAAAAUAAUUUUAAUGCAAACAAAAUUUGAGGCGCAUUCCGAAAAAAAAAGAAGUCGAGAGUGCCCAUUUUGUGUCAUUUCUUUUUUUUUUUCAUUUUUGUGCCUUGACUAGUAUUAUUUUUUCGCGUUGAUCGAUAUUUUUUAGAAGCAACGCACAAAAAAAUGGGAAAAAGACAUGUGUAGCAAGAAUUUCAUAUCUUUUUCGUCACCAUUUAUUAUUUUUGAGUUUCCUUGAAGAGUUUUCAGGUUAGGCUCAAUUUACUUUUUUUUGAAAAAUAAAAAUUAAUAGCUGGUAAUUAGGGGAGAUAAUUAACGCGUAGAUAUUUGAGAAGAUAAUUUUUCUAAAUUAGGUUCCGGGUAAUUAGUUAUAUUUUUGAAAUUGAGUGGAAAAAAUAUACAUGAUGUUUUGAUUAGAGACAACGUGAAAUUGAGAGAGUCUAGACAAUAAAAUUGUCUGCGCUAUCUCAAUUUUACGUUGUCUCUAAUCGGAUAUUUUGUUUGUAUUUAUUAAAAAUCUCAAAAAUCACGGGCUACCGUACUAUGCAGAUCUAGUUAGAUGUGCAGGUUUUGUAGCCCGCGAAGUUUAAAAAAAAAUCAAAUUUUAACAAAAUUUGCAACACUCGGCCGUAAAUCCUGCGUUUCAUAGAGUUAGAUGUGCAGGUUUUUCAUUUCGUGGUUUUUGAAUAUGUGUUAUUUUCAAAAAUGAACACCUCUAAAACAACUUGUGCCAUAUUUUUUGAGGCCCAAAAUAUGGGGCCAAAUUUCGUAAAGACCUAGAGAAAAUUACAUGAUUUUAUAAAACACAAGCAGCUUAUUUUCAAAGAAUUUUCUAAAAAUCGUGCAAAUUUUCGAAAAAUUCGAUUUUCCCGAGAUAUAAUUCCCCUUUCAUCCAAUAUUUUUUUUUCAAAAAAAAAAAACGAUUAUAAAUUGCUCGUCCCCGCGCUUCUCCAUGAAAAGGCCGUGCGCUUGAAGCAAAGACUUAAGUGCAUAAAACUAUUGAACCCUCUAUUUCUCCGAGGUUCCCUUUUCUCCCCCCUCCAUCACUUUUUGCCCAUAUAAGACGAGAAAAUUGAAGGAUGUGGACAACGUCGUCGUCGUCGGCGGCGGCGGUCGCGGCCAACAAGAAGAAGGCGAAGCUGGAGAAGAAGAAGCCCUCCCCUCUUCUUCGUCUUCUCAACAAACCGCGAGAAGAACAUCGACCACCACGAAAAAUAACCAAGACGCAGACACAAACAACAACGACGGAAUAGUGCCGGAAGCAUCAGCAGAAACACAAAAAGUAGACGUUGAAAAGAGGAUGGUAAGUGAGAUAGUGGGAGACGCAGACAAAUAAGAUAGUGUUGUUUGUAGAGAGACGAUGAAGAGAUGGGCGGAGCCGCGAGGGAUGGAGAGGAGAAAGAGAAGAAGAAGACGAGUUGUAUUGACAACCACCGCGUGACCAAUGGUGAAGGAGCGGGUGAUGUUGUUGGCGAAAAAUUGGUGGCUAUGAAGAAUAAGAACAGCUCGUUGGAACUGUUACUUCAGCAACCGCCUAUUCGAGGUUUUUAUUUAUUUUCUUUGUUUUUUGGGGGGAGGGAGGUCUUUUUCUCUGAAUUUUUGUCAUCAGAUGACUUAAAAAUCAUUAUUUUUUGAUAGAGAUUAAGAGAGCCUAGAUUUUGUCUAGACCCUCUCAAUUUUGCGUUCUCUCUCUGCAUAGGAAAAAUAUAAAUUUUAUUACAAAAUAUUCAUCUUUGUAGGUCCAUAAGUCAUCUAAAAAUGUUUAAAAUGUGAUAUGAAUAAAUAAAUAAAUAAAUAAAAUGAUUUUUGAAUCAUCUGAUGACCAGAAUUAUUUUCUGAAUAAUUUGAAAUGUUUGUCAUCAGAUGAUAUUUUAAAAUCAGCUUUAGAUGACUUAGCUUGUCAAAAAUUAAAGAUUAAAUUAUCACUGAAAUUGUAAGAAAAAUUCAAAUUUUUAUUUAUAUAAUUUAUAACAUUCUAAAUAAAAAUUCAAAUUCAAAUUUCUAGUUGUCCCUCGAUUUUUCGAAGCUCCUUGAGAACUUUCAAAAAUCUAGAAUAUUUCCUGUUCCAUAUUUAACCUAUAAUUUUGGCCCGUAUUUAUUCAAUAGGAACGUUAUAAUUAAUUUUAGUAGCCUCCUGAUCCCUCAAUUUUCAUAUUUACGAGAACGCUAAGCUCGCUAGGAUUUAAAAACCCUAAAAAUUCUAGUUUUAAAGAGCCCAAGCUCAUAGGAUUAGUCAAAUCCUCAUAAUUUUUAUCUCAAAAGAAAUUUAUAUUGUUUCAAAUAAGCUUGUAUUUAUUUACAAAUCUAUUGGUUUUCGAAUUGAUACGAUGUUAUUUACACAAUAAUCCUAAAUUAGGGGGAGGGAAAGAGAGAAAAGCAUGAGAAAUAAUAAUAAUAAUAAAUAAUAUUGGCAAGUAUCCAAUAAACAAAUAUUUGUGUUCUUCUUUUUCUUCUUUUCUCACAUUAUCAUCAUCAUCACUAUCUUCUGUCUCUGGCACUCUCUUUUCUCUCAUAAUACAUACUAAUACUUAACAUCAAUCAACUGACGACUUAGCAGCAGUUUAGUUUAUAUCUAGGCACUUAUUAUUUUUUUUGGUCGUUUUUGGUUAGCCUAACUAAUUUGUUUCAGGAUUUUUUGGAUCGUCGAAGAAGAGUGGGAUUUUUUUCAAUAGCGCCAUGCAAUUUUAUCAACCACCGCCAGCGCAACAUCAUGCGCCACCCCGCACAACUCCGCCUUCUGAAUUUGCGACGGUAGGAUUUUUCUGAAGCUCUAGUUAAUUAAUUAAUUAAAAUCUAAUUUAUAGCCGUAUACUAUGGGAAUGCGACCACAUGAGGAGGAGACUCGACAAAUUAUGAAUUUGGAUAAUCAACAGGCGCAUAAUUCAUCGCCAACUUCAUCAUGGUGAGAUUUUUUGGGAACGGGGGGCGGGGUUUAAAUUUGAAAAAAAAGACGUCAGAGGUAUUCCUGAAGCUGAGUGGGGUCUGCAUUUCUUUAAAAGUGAAAAAAAUGACGACAGCGUCUUCCUAGAGGGUCUAAAAAUCUUGAAAAUUAAAAAAAAAGAAAAAUUCUCAUUUGACAUAAAAACAGGCCUGGAGAAGUCUAGAAUUUUUGAAAUUUUGAAUUUUCAUUGAAAAUUGUGCCCCUAAUGCUCUGAGACAAGGGGUUUUGAUUAUUUUUGAAAAUUUUAAAUUUAAUCUGAAAUUAUUUUCUAAAAUUCUGUAGUUUGAACCCUCUAAUCGUAUUGCUAGUCUAGUGUUUUUAUAGAGAAAAAUUUGUAAGUUCUCCAUAAUGAAUUGUAAAAAAUUGAGUUGAAAAUGUUUAGAAGUUCCUAAAUUCUUCAUUUUCGUACUGCUUUUUUGCAGAAUUUUUAUUCUAGAAACCAAAAGCCCUUAAGGCUCUAGCUCUAAAGCACCAAAUGAAAAUUCCAAUUUCGGCUAUCUUGUCCCCUGUAUUCUCAAUAUUUUUGCAAGUUCCCCACAUUCAUCAAUGAUCAUUUGCCUUGGGCAAUCAAUUGAUUUCGUCGUCUGCCGUCUCUCACUCUCUCAUCCCUUUCUAUUCUUUCCAUCAAUAUCUAUCCUAUCUAUAUAUCUGUUUUCAAUUCCUCUUCUUCAUCUAUCCAUCUCCAAACCAACUAGUAGUAGUAGCAGUCCCAUGAUGAUGUCGUGUCAAGGCCCACAGAGAGAGAGAGAGAUUGAGAAAUAGAGAAAGGAAAAGAGAUCCGGCCAUCUCAUCACAUACAUACAUCCACCCAACUGACUGACUGAGUCACAUUCUAUUUUUCUCUCUCUUCUCUCUCUUUCUCUCUCUCUUGAAGAGGGAAUAGUAAAAGAGAGAACGCAAAAUGAUGAGAAGGGAAGACGAAUUGACGGACGGACGGACGGAAUGAAAUGGAUGGAAAUUAGGUGCGUGCAUGAAAAGAGUCUCUCUCUCUCUCUCUCUCUCUCUAUGUGCACUCUCGUAUAAUAUGUAAAAUGAAAUGAGGCAAAGACUGACGGGAGGCAGAAAAAUGCAAUGGGGGGGGGGGGGUGAUUAUGUGUAUGUAGGGGGACUUAUCCAUGGGCAAUUUGAAACGAAUCGGAGGUUAUAAUACGUAAUCCUCUAGUUAGGGAAAGUCCAAAUUUUGGAGGGAAAUUUGAAUCGAGCAAUUUCUGACAUUUUGUCGAAGUCGCACUGCUUCAUAGCGAAAUUUUGAGGCUAGAUUUGAAUUUUAAUACGAAUCUGACGGUUCUGGCAGAAGUCUGGAGCAUUUUCUGAUAAUUUCUAUGUCGUUCUUGGAUUUUUGGGCCUUUUCGGCUAUUCUAAAGCUUCACAGCAUAAUUUUGGCGGGAAGUUUGAAUCUCAACAUGAAUCUGAGGCUUCUGGCAGAAGUCUGGAGCAUUUUCUGAUAAUUUCGAGGUCUUUCCUGGAUUUUAAGGAAUUUUCGGCUAUUCUAAAGCUUUAUAGCGAAAUUUUUGGCGGGAAAUUUGAAUCUCAAAGAAGUCUGGAGCAUUUUCUGAUAUUUUAGAGAUCUUUUGGAGAAGUCUGGAUUUUUUUGCUUUUAAACACUUCCGCAUAGCUUUUAAUCCGAUUGAAAGUUGUGAGCUCAAAACUCGAUUCCAAAUAUUCUAGUUAGGAGCUUUUGGUUCGGAUUUUUUUUCUUAAAUUCAGGCUCUAAAUUAAAAUCUUAAAAUAGUUCAUCUUGAAUUGUUCGACCAACAAUCUAUUCUGUAACUUCCACAUUUUCUUCUCAAAAAUUCACCUUCUUUCAAGAUUAUCAGCUUAUUCAUCCCCAAAUCUCAUCUCUGAUUCAUUCUCAAAAAAAUCCCCUUAACUAGUUAGUAAAUUCUAUCUAAACGUGUUUGUUUUCUUUUGUUUAUGGAUGUUUUUCUCUCUCUUUAUCCUCUUUUAUUUCCUUUUAUUCAUUAAUUCUUCUAGUACUAAAUAGAAGACGAAAGAAGUGUAUAUAAAUUUAAUCGAAAGGUGUAGUAGUACAUAGUAGAAGCAGUACUAAUACCACUUGAAAAUAGAGAGUGUGAGAGAGAGAGAAGAGGGAAAAGCAAUGCACACAAAGUGCCUUUGGCAAUAUUGUUGAAUGACAUGACGGCGGGGAAAAUUGAAGGGAGAGGGGUGCAAUUGACAGGUGCUGGUGGGCGACAAAAAAUGUGUUAGAUUUGAUUUGGAGAUAAUUUCGAACGACGGAAUGUUUAGAUUAGCUAACUAUUCCGAAUAGACCUUGAAAGAUUUUUGAAAUUGAUAAAGUUUGGGGGAUUUUAAUGGGAUUUUGAGAAAUAAUGGGAUUUGUGAGCUUUCAAAAAGCAGUAUUGAACAUAUUGAUUAUGUUCAAAAAAUGCUUUUGGGUCGGAAAAUAUUGUUGAAAAAUUUGAUUUAAAAAUUCGGUUCUUCUUUAAAAUUUUCUCCAAAAUGUUUUACCUGCGAAAAAUUCCAAUCUUCUGAUUUUUCGGACCAAAAUUUAAAUUUACCAAAAAAAUUUCUGAAGUUUAUAGAAAAUAUUGAUUAUGUUCAAAAAAUGCUCUGAAGAUUUGGUCUAAAAAUUUAUUAUUUUUCCCAAGCCCAACAUUUAGGGUUCCGAAAAAUUUUCCAUCAAUAAAUUCUUCUUCCAGGAAUGGCCACCAACAACAACAAUACACCCAAAUGUCAAAUAUGAAUGCGUAUCCACCGCGAGGUCCACCAAUCUAUCCGCCACCAAUGCCACAUGGUGCAGUUCCACCCACAUCAAAUCCCUAUUAUCCUCCACCACAUAUGCAACCACAGGCAAUGAUUCCGCCAGGAAUGCAACAACCAUAUUAUAGCACACAAUCGCCGUUGACUGGAACUCCUCCGAUGAACUAUGGACAACCUGGAUGCGCUGCACCGGCUGCUAACGGAAAUGGUCCGCUUUUCGCGUUCUCCAAACCACCGCCACGUCCCGAUGUUCAAAAUGUUGUUGUGAAUAAUGGGCCGAGUGUUGCUGCCGCACAAGCUGCGCAAAGAAGGAAGAAGCAACCGGAUUUGGUGAGUUUUGGAUUUGAUAUUUGGGCUUUUCGUGGAAUUUGGGUCAAUUAGACAUCCAACACGAUAAUUUUGAACUGAAAUUGCUCAAAAAUAGUCUAGUUUGAACUCAAAACGUUCCGAAUUUUGUGAUUUUUUUCGAAAUUUUAGUUGAUAUCAAACAUGAUUUGUUUUUGUACAAAUUUUGAGAAAAAUCCUGAAAUUUCUCAAAAAUAGUCGAGUCUGAACUCGAAAUACUCCAAAUUUCGUUAUUUUCCUGAAAUUUGGGCCAAUUUAUAAUAACUUUAAAUUGAUGAGCUGAUCGAAAUUAGUCAGUCAGUAGAGAAAUUCUGUGCAAAAUCAAGCUCAGCUCAAAAUUCCAACCAAAAACCCUCCAAUUUUCUUCCAGAGCUCCCCACGCUAUCAAAAUGAAGACAUUGACGCUGCCAUCUUCCCAGACAUGAGCGAUUUUCCACUCUUGGAUGUUGUCCAAUCAAAAGCCAAAAAAGACGCUGGCCGAAAACCGUGUCGCCCGCAUCUUUGUGAACAAUCGAGAAUGUUGAUUUCGCGAGUUUGCCAUUUUAAUCGAGAAUUUGCUAAAAGGUUGGUUUUUAUUUGAAUUUCCUAGAAUCGUAUAUUUCUGAAAUGUCAUCUUGUUGUCUUGUUGUUGACAAGAUGCUAAAUUGAUUGAAGACGAGUUUUUUCUGUCACUCAAGAUGUUUUUCAUCUUAUUUCUUUUCACAAGGCUUUGCGAAACAAAAAGGGAUCUUUUUUUCUGCAGACUUCCAUCUCGACAUCCGUUGACCAAUUCGCCAAUGUCGAAACCCGAUCAAUGGACAUCGCAAAUAAUGGGAAUCUCAUUGGCCACCGUCAGAAAAUGUAUGGAUAUGGCACAGGAUGAGGAGGUGUUUACACGAUGUACUGAUAAGAAUUUGGUGAAUUUGACGGUGAGCAUUUUUGGGGAUGUGUUGAAAAACAAAAUCUGACAGGUUUUGGACAAGAUUGAAAUUUUCAUACAAAAAGUUGCUCCAUUUUUGAGCAGGAAAAGAUUUACUGAAAAUUUUAAGAUUUUGAAAUUAUUUUCAUAAAAUUCACCAAAAUUUCGAAUAUUUUAGUUAAAUUUAUUGAUUUCAAAACAGAUUCCAGAUUUUCUAAAAAAAAAAUUCUAUAAACAUAAUCAUUACGAAAAGUUCGAUACAUCAAAUUCAUAGGAUUUUCCAAAAUAUUAAAAAAUUUUUGAAACGUAUCAUUUUUGGGUUUUUGAAAAUUCAGAAAAAAAUCGUUUUUGAAAAUUCAAAAAAUGUUUUUUUUUGAAUUUUUGAUUUUCCUCUAAAAAAACAAUUUUCAGCCAGCCGAGCGAACUGAACGCGAAGAAAUGCUCGCCAAACUCUCAACAGUUUUCGAAGAGGAAAAAUCACUUGGAGCUGGAACUGCUGGACUCACAAUCGCCGAAUAUUCACCAAGAAGAUCGUAUUCAAGCAGUCUUGUUCGACAACCAUCUUCAAUUGAUGAAAAAUCGAAUCAAUCGUCGAGUUUUUAUAAUUUGAAUGAGAGUUCGACACAAGGAGAAGGUGAAGGAGCGACGACUUUUAUGAAUUUGGAUGAAACGCCGAAAGAGCCAGAAAUUGGAGCAUUGAUGGGUGGACUUAUUCGAGAUGAUGUUGAUAGUAUUGUCAAACCGAUUGCAUCAACUGCUCAGCCACCAACACCAUCGCCAAAGGAAGAAUUGCAAGAAGAAGCGCAGAGAACUGGAGCAGAUACGCCGAAAAUUCGAGGAAGGCCAAAGAAAAAUGGAGGAAAUCGAAAACAAAAGGAAGGAUCAACAGAUGGAAGUGAAGUUGCGGAUGAGAAAGAAGAAGAAGUGAAGAAAACGGAAGAUGAAAAUGAAACGACGACUGAUGAAUGUAACGGGGCUGGAAUUGAGGAGAAGCAGGAAGGCGGGGAAAAUGGAGAAGCGCCGGAACGGGAUGAUGAUGCGGCAUCGAGUGAGGUUAGUUAGGAUAAGUUAUGGAAAGGGGGGGGGGCUGAUUUGGGAAGAUUUAGAAAAAUCAGUUUUUAUUUUCUCAAAGGACGUUAAAAUCAGAAUUAUUUUCGAAAUUAUCAAAAAAAAUUUGGAAUUUUUUUCCCGUUUCGGAAUUUUUUAACUUUAGUAUUAAAAUCUUAAAAAUUAUACUUUUUAACCUAAUAAGGUUUUAGGAUGUUAAAAUCAGAAUUAUUUUCGAACUUAUCAAAAAAAAAAUUGAAAUUUCGAAAAAUUACCCGUUUCGAAAUUUUUAAAGAACCAUUUCAACUUUAGCAUUAAAAUCUUAAAAGUUAUAUUUUUUAACCUAAUAAGGUUUUAAGAUCUUAAAAUCAGAGGAAUUUUUGAAAUUAAAUGUCAAUUUGAGACACAAAUGUGAAAUUUUGAAAAAUGAUCCAUUUCGGAAUUUUUUUAAUUACAAUUUUUAGUAUUAAAGUCUUAAAAAUUAUAUUUUUUAGCCUAAUAAGGUUUUAGGAUCUUAAAAUCUAAAAAAUCUCAUUUUGAGACAAAAAUGUGAAAUUUCGAAAAAUUACCGGUUUCGGAAAUUAAUUUCUUGAAAUCUUAAAAAUUGUAAUUUUUAAUGUUAAUUCUGAGAUUUUUGAUUAUUUUUUUCGAAACAUUUUCCUACUUCAAAUCUAAUUUUUCCAUUUUCCAGGGAACAACACGAAGUGAAACAGCCACACCUGAACCAACAACCGGAAAAGCACGCCGACGAGCGACUCGUCGAAAACGAAACACCGAUCCAGAUGUACCGGCACCGAAAAAAGCAAAAACCAAUGGAACUGCUGGAAAUGUGGACGACGAAAAUGUUGAACACAAAAUGGUGACGAGAAGAUCGAGAGCUGCUCAAAAUUCGUGAUUUUGUUUUGUAUUGUGAGAGAGUAUUGUGAGUUUUUUUUGGUGGGAGAUGAAAUAUAAAAAAUUAUAAUUUCACCUAAUUAUUUGAAAUUGUGAAAUCGGACUUUGUUAAAAAUUCCAAACGUAAUUUUUCCAUUUUCCAAAAUUUUGAAGGUUUUUCUGUAAAUUUUCUUUAUUUUAUCAAAUUCUGAUUUUUGACGCCAAAAUUCCGAUUUCAAAAAAUUCGAAAGUUUAUUUUUUGUAGUUUCAAAAUUCCAAUUUUCGAAAUUCAAAUUCAAAAUGAAAUAAAAAAACUGAAAUUUUACUGAAAAAAUCAUAAGCUCUGAUUUUUCUUGCAGAUUGUAUUCAAGUGCCAUUCUUCUACACAAUGUUCAUUUUUUCCCGCGUUUACCUCUACAUUUUCAUCCCUUCCCCCAAGAAAUUAUUGUUGUUUCACUUUUCUUUCUUGCCACCCCGUUUUAUAUUUUUCUUUCCAUUUUCUAUUCAAAAUACACAUUCCACAGCAUUUUUCACUUGCUCUGCAGCCUCCACAAAAAGCAGCAAAAAGUUUUAUAAUUGAAAUUACUAGUAUCUGUAAAAUAUUGUCCCCAAAAAUUGGGUUUUAACCCUUUCCCCCCUCUAAUUUUCCCCCUGUGUUUUCGGGUAUGGCAGCUUUAUGAGAUUUUUAUUGUCCCCCCUUUUAUCCCCCCUAAAAAUCUAUAGAUUUUUUGUAUUUUAUCCAGAAUUAUUCUUGAUUUUUUUUUUUGAUUAUAAUAAUACCGUUUUUCGAGAAAUUUUAUUAAAUUAUUCGUGCUUUUCUUGUUUUUUUCCCACCCUUUUCUUAUGUGUUUUUUAUUUGAAAAUGAAUGAAAAAUGAAGGUUUGUUGUAAACUUCGCAAUUUUAAAAAAUUCAUUUUUGAGCCAAUAUUUUUUUAUUUGUAUACAAAAAAUGUCUAAUCAAUUCGUUUUGAAACGUCAAAAACUGUCGAUUCAUGUUUUUUUCUGAAAAAAAAUUCGGCUGAUAAGAACUGUGAGAAUUGCCCACUGUUUUGGCCAGUUUUGGAACUUUUUCAGCGAAAUUUUUUUUGAUGGAUCAGGAAGAGGAGAAAAAGAAGAAGAUACAGGUAUUUUUUCUGAAAAUUUUCAGAUUUUUGAAAAAAACGUGGUUUCAGGAGCAGAUUGCGAGGAAUAAUGAGCUGAUUGAGAAAAUGUCGCCGAUUGUGAAAUAUAAAGUGAGUUUUGGAGAAAAGUUAUGACGUGGCAAAAAUCUGUAAUUUUGACUGAAAAUUGAAAUUUACAAAAUUUGGCUAACAUAAGUUAUGACGUGGCAAAGUUUUUUUUUGGGAAAAUUCUGAGAUUUCAACGUUUGGAAAUUCCAUUUUUAGCUUUUUCAAAAAUCUACUUGGGCAAAAACUCCACGUCAUAAAAUCUAGCAAACAUUACGAUACCCCGAAAAAAUUGCACAGAAAGCAAAUUCGCUCCAUUGAACAAUAAAACUUUUCCACGUCAUAACUAUAUUCCACGUGGGUCCCUCAAAAUUUUUUUUGGCAAAAAUGAGACGACACUUUCAGAUUCAGGAAUAUGUUCGAAAACAGCGUGCCAAGAAACAGCAACGUCGAAAAUUCUCGAUUGCAAUGGGACUUCCAAAUUCCACGGCUUCUUCAGCUUCUUCUUCAUCGAAAAAUUUGAGAAAUGAAAAAUCGAAAGACAAGGAGAGAGAAAAACCGAAAAAAGAGAAAAAAUCUGGAAAACUGGAGAAAAAUGAGGCUCAAAAUUCUGCAAAUUCACAAUUGGAUAUGGCGAGUUUGGAGGAUUUGGAAUAA